AAAUGACAGCUAUAUUCGGCAGUUGGGAAUCCGACGCCGUGAAACUCCACUAAAGGACGUGUGUUUUCUGAAACUGCCGACAACUGAAAUACAUUGAAAUGGAGUUUUCUGCAGAAGUUCAAGAGGGUCUGCAGCUCGCAGGCAACACAGCACAUAUCCCUGAUAAGUCUUUCAAAUAUUUGCUGGAGAGGGUCUUCGAAGAUAUCUUUAAACGGCCGUCUGCGAGGUUGUUGAAAGAAGAUGGAAAUUUGAAAUCACUGGAUGCUGCGGUUGUGAAACAAGCCUAUGCAGCACUAUGUACACUAGCACUAGAGGGCGCCAAACAUGACGCCAAUUUAUCAAACUUAAGCCCACUAUUGGAAGACUGUAAAUGGACCACAGAUAGAACAGAGAGUUUUAUCAACAUCUUUCUGGAUCAGAAGGAGACAGUCAGAGUCCUCCUUGGCAACAUCAGGCAAUCCCAUCCACACAUUGUUGAUGUAGACUGGAGACUAGACUACUACAUGAAGAAUAACCACAAGGACAAAGUGAAUGAAGCAUUAUACCUCAUCACACUCAAGACAGAGGAAGGGGACCUACAAAGAAAAACAAAAGAUAUCCAGUUCUGUUGCUCCCUUGAACAACUCCAGGAUUUGGUCAGUAAGCUGAAGGACGCCACCCGGAGUCUAGAGAAGGCCAGUUUGUCGUGAGAGCUACAUGGGCUGGAAUAGAUAUUUCUAAGCAGGCAAGAAACCGUAAAGCAUUUUGAUAACUGGGACAUUCCCCUUGCAAAUGGCCUUAAGCCUAAACCUGCAUCCAGGCAACAUGAACCGUUCAGUGAAGCAGCCAAGAUAUUGUGAAAGAAAAGGCAAGUGCAGUUCUGACUGAAAGAUUGUCUCACGAUUCUCAUGUUCCAGAAAUUGAGUAAUUUGCAUUCACAUCCUCUUUUUAAGUUGCAAGCAGACAUCAAUUUGCACUGUGAUAUAUAUUCAAAAUUUCAUAUUUAAAAAAAAAUAGAAUUAGUUCUAAAUAAAUUUUGACCAGAGAAAUACCACAUUUAGUUGUUCAAAAAAUGCUUUAUUAAAAAUCUGAAUACUGAUGAAUUCAGUCGAUUACAUCAACGUCUUUAAAAGACUUGAAGCUUUCAUCUCUUUACAAAUCUCUUCACAAACUUUCCCUUUCACCUUUACAAAAUAAUUCACUGUCACUUUGAAAAUUAUAUUGCACCAUGAUCAACCCUGAUUUAAACAAAAUCAGUGUCAGAAAUGACUCUUGUGAAGGUUUUCAAUUAUUUUGUCUUUCCAAUUCAAUUUGCCUAUGUAUUAAAGAAAAGUAUUUGAAUAUAGUCAGGUGUAGUUCCACUGAAAACUUUGAAAAUAGUUCGUAAAACAAAACGUGGGUAUACAUCGCUAACGAAAAGUGCAACUAAGCUUUCCUGUAACUAUGCACAAGUAGACUGGUUAAAUUAUUUUGGUUUAUUACCGUCACCUGUUCUGUCAAGAACUAUGUAAGUACUGUCUCAUUGUAUGUCUCUCCAUUUUCAAAUUUAUCCAUUAUGAAAUUGAGGAGAAAAUAUGUAAACUCUACAGUUCUAAGCAAAACAUAUGAUAGCAUAAUUUCUGAUGAAACAGACUUUCAUUGGAAGACAAACUUAUUUUUGAAACUAAUCCUAGAACAGAGCCCUGUGAAGGCUUCAUCUUGGUUCUAAGUAUUGAAGACAGUGCACGUCCACUGUCUGAAAAGUGCCAGAUUUAGUACGACUGUUCACAUCUAGUUUGUCAAAACUAUUUUGGUUUAUUACCUUCACCUGUUCAGUGAAGAAGAAAUGUGUCAUUACAUAUCUCCCUGAUGUCAGAUUUGUGCAUUUUCAAAUCUAGGGAAACAUUUGUAAGCUCUAGUUCUAACUAGGCAAAGCAUAUGAUAGCAGAAAUUUUGAUAAAACUGAUUUUUGCUGCUUUUACAAUGA